GGUCCAUUGGCUUCAAAGCCCAUCAUUGUUGCUGCUAUUGUUGUCGUUGUAUUAAUCGUCAUCGGAGUCGCGGUGGUCGUCGUUGUCGUCGUUGCGAUCAUCGUGCAAAAGGGGGUCCCACAAUCGCGGAUCCGCAACUCGGCAGUUCGGGCACAUUUAGGCCAGCUAUAAACCGAUACCAGAACGUUUUUCCACUCAGUCAUCUCUCCAACUGCCGAAGCGAACUGAUCUCUGCUGGCCACAACAAGACCAGAGAAUCUCAAAGGAAUAAAGUGUCUUCCCCACUAGUGCCUUCGAGGAAAUAUCAGUGUUUUUGUACGUGAUUUACUGGAAGUGUGAUUGUGGUGUUAAUUUUAAGGAUGUUCGUGUUGCGAACUCUGACGCUGCUGGCUCUCGGUGCCACGGUGGUACUGGCUCAGCGACGACUUGCCUUGCCUGACCCAAGAAGUUGCUCCAACCGAGUGCGACACGCAACGUACCGAGAUGCCCGCGGCGUAGCACAUUCGUACUUCUUCAGCUGGGAGCACAGCCCUACCCGCAAUCUGGAAGUUGACUGGCUCGACGCCCGUAACAUCUGUCGCCGUCAUUGUAUGGAUGCUGUAUCGCUGGAAACUCCACAGGAAAACGAAUUCAUCAAACAGCGCAUCGCCCGCGGCAACAUUCGUUAUAUCUGGACCUCGGGUCGCAAGUGUAACUUCGCCGGUUGCGACCGUCCGGAUCUGCAGCCACCGAAUGAGAACGGAUGGUUCUGGUCCGGAUCGGGAGUUAAGAUCGGCCCAACCACUCAGCGCAACACUGGCGAUUGGAGCUACACCGGAGGAUACGGACAGGCUCAGCCAGAUAACCGCGAGGCGGCCCAGGGUAACGAUGAAUCAUGUUUGUCAAUAUUGAACAACUUCUACAAUGAUGGCCUGAAGUGGCACGACGUUGCCUGUCACCACGUGAAACCUUUCGUGUGCGAAGAUUCCGAUGAACUACUGAACUUUGUCCGCUCUCGCAAUCCAGGAGUUCGCCUGUAAGCACAGAGACGUCCGCCCAUCUGCAAUCCAACCAAUUGAGCUUUAGUCCAAAUUAUACGGAAAUUUAACCAGUGUCGGAACAACAAAGAUAAAUCCCAAUCAAAAUCACCGCCACAGUUGAUGGUCAGUCUAGACGUGGCGGCAUUGUAAUGUAAUCGUGAAAAAAAGGAAAAGCGAGACAAAAGUUGUGUGUUAUACUUACUUUGUUUUAUUAUUUAUUUUAUUGUAAUAAUGUUUUAAACAAUGAAAAAAUUAUUAAAUUGUUUGUGCAAAUUUUCUCUGUACAAAAGAAACAACAAGCUGUAAGAAUUCAUAAAUGAAUGUAAAAAUGAUGUUAGAUUACGCGACAGUGUGAGGCGCUUUGCGCCAUUUUGUAUAGACAAAACAAAAUUCAACCAUGCGAUGAAAAUAAUAGGGAAAAUGAAAAACGUUUCACUGCAAAAACAAUCAUUUACCACUCUAGACUCUAAAUUUCAUCAUUUUGUACAUUUGUAAGUUUUUGUUUUCUUGUCUGGAAAAUAAAAAGUACCGAAUCAAA